AUGCUAUCAUCAAGGUCUCAGAAGACAGCGUUUUCGAAGGUGCCCAUUGCGCUCCGGCGCCUGAUCGUGCCUUUCUCCGUCCUCGUCUGCUUCUCCUUCCUGCUUACUUUCCUGUUCUACCUACACCGACCUCGCGGACUUCAGCCGAUCCAGAAUAUACGGUUUGGAUGGCAAGCAUGGGACGCUGUGUCUUAUGCACCUCAACCUGAUCGUCCAGCAAGCAACGGCAGCGGAGAUACUGUCAAGCCGCCUCCAACCCAAGGGAAGCACUGGUGGGAGAUACCAGAGGUUAGUGAUGGCACAAUCCCCCAGACAUUGCCCUUGGACAUAUGGGAUCCGCUGCUCCCUCACAAAACUGGAUUGACUGAAUUAGCGAUCGAAUCCUGUAUUUUCAGCCCCGUCACAAUGGAGUUCUGCAAUCCAUACAGUAGCCCGGCAGCUGAUGCCUCAAAGGGGAAAUGGGUUCGAGUAGAGAGAGAUCUGAAUUGGAAAACUGGGCUAUGGUACCUGGUGGGUUCCUGCAACCUAUACUAUCGCCGCACUCGAAGACUAAAUGUGCCCCUCAUCACCGAUCUCGUUCUAUUACCUGCCGAUAUCUGCCCCAACACAACAUCAACGGAAGAUGCUACAUGGCAUCGAGUCGCACGCAGUAUUCGGAACGGAGUGUGGCCGACACAAUCCGACUUUUUGUGGUAUGAAUUGGGGGGACAGAAGGAUAUUAUUACGGAAAUUGAUGUCCUAUGGGGCGAAGGUCCAGCAUGGCUUGGCUUUGAAAAGCUGCAGCCUGCAAUUGUUGAGAGGAACAGCAAGGUUGACAGCGUGUGGUUAACUUAUAGGCGUGGUGUCACGCCUGCACAAAAGGCGCCACCGUUACACUUCCACGACGACGGCACCUUCACCAUUUUGCAGAUUGCCGACUUACAUUAUUCUGUCUCUAUCGGAAAAUGCCGAGAUACAGACCGCGAACCUUGCGUCGAAGGCGACAUGAUAACGGCUGAUUUCCUGGCGCGAGUUCUGGAUGCCGAGCGACCCGAUAUGGUUGUUUUCUCCGGCGAUCAGCUGAAUGGCCAAGGAACAAGUUGGGAUUCGAAGUCCGUGAUUGCCAAGUUUGCUCAACAGGUCAUUGAUCGCCAAAUUCCUUGGGCUGCGAUCUUCGGGAAUCAUGAUGAUGAGACGGAUCUGAAUCGAUUGUCAGAAAUGCGAUUAUAUCAGGCGAUGCCCUAUUGUUUGGCUAGUCCCGGCCCCAGCACGGUAGACGGUGUCGGUAAUUAUGUGCUGAAAGUACGAAGUGGAGAUCCGUCUGCAACCCAUCUGCUGACCUUGUAUUUCGUGGAUUCCGGGGGAUAUGCAAGAACGGGGUACAAUCCGUUUGCGAAGUUACAGUACGACUGGAUCAAGCCCUCACAGUCGGAAUGGCUCUUGCAGGAGUCGGCGAAAAUUCGGCCGAUUGAACGUCCCUUCACCCCAGAUGGUGCGUCCGACCUCGGUCAUCCGUGGACAAGAGACACCGGCAUGCGGCGGUUCUCGAAAAAGGAAGGCGUGGUAUUGCAUGGACGAAAAGAAAGAACGUUAGCAAAACCGAAUGCGAUGAUGUGGUUCCACAUCCCAUUGCAGGAGUCUUUCGCCGAUCCGGAUAUGGACGCAAAUUGGAACCCACUCGUUAUUGGUCAACAGCUCGAAGAUUCUGGAGCAUCGACCCACAAUGGGAACUUCUUUGAAGACGGCAUAUUGCUGGCAGCAGAAAGUGAUGCGGGUGGACAUGAAAUAAAGGUCGUCGGCCAUGGUCAUGAUCAUAUUACAGAUAAAUGUGCUCGGGUCAAGGGUGUUUGGUUCUGUUUCGGUGGGGGCGGAUCAUUUUCAGGAUACGGCAAGGUUGGAUUCGAUCGUCGACUUCGGGUGUACAAGAUUUCCGAUUACGGCGAGACUAUCAGGACAUAUAAGCAUACGGAACACGAUAAGAUUAUUGACGAUGUCAUCCUUGUCGGAAAGGGGGCAAUAGAUGUUGGGGCGCAUAUACCGUCGUGA